GCUGAAGGUUUCUUUUCCCUUCUUUUCUUUCCCACACCGGUCCAGCCAUUCUUCAUCUCACAAAAGAACCUACGGCAUACGGUGGGAAGAUAGCAGACACUCCAAUCCUGCAAAGCUCAGAGUUCCUUCAGGCUUCUGUUUAGGGCAUUUGGCCUCAUCUGCAACUCCAGGCAGCUCUCAUAUGUGACUACAAUUCAUAAGGGGGCAUUACCUGGAUUCUGUUUCCAGUGUGAACCUUUCACUCAGUAGUAAUUGCAGUGGCCUGUUGGAGCAGAAAGAAGUGGUGCUGAGGGAGGGUUCAGCUUCGUUCACACUCCUGCCCUCUUCCACUCAGGUAUCUGGAGGAUUGGAGGAUGGCACUCUCAGUGUUUUUCCACAUCAUCACCUGGUCUGUUCUCCUGUGCUGGACAGGAACCAGCCAUGCCACCCAGGUUAUCUCCAGCCCAUCCUUGGAGGGUAGUGGCUACUGGGAACCCAACAAGUCCAACUUGCAGCCCAGUCCCAGUGUCCUCUCCCCCAGCCCAGAACCUCCAGAGCCCACAGCUGUCACUGUGGAGGAGGAGGACCCUCAGAUCAAGCGGUACCUCCUGACUGAGGUGGUGGACUUCUUGCAGGAGAACCUUUUUCUUAUCCUGGUCAUCACCUGCCUGCUUGUUAUCAUCAUCUUCCUCAUCUGCUCAGCUGUGGUGCUGAGCCAAAGGAGGAAGACAAGUUCCUACUACCCCUGCUCCUUCCCUGCCAGCAUGUACGUCAAUGAAAUGGACAAGAUGGGAGGCAUGCGACUCUUCAGUGAGGUGCCUGAGAAAGUGUCCGGAGGCCUGGUGGAGGAACCUGUCUGCUCGGCCAAUCAGCUCCAGGAGGACAUCAUCCUGGCCACCCGGAACCUCCGCACCCCAACUAAAGCCCCAUGGAGGGAGGAGAAGGAUGGGAAGCCAGCCAACAUCCCGCCUGGCGAAGAGGAAAAGAGGUGUGUAGCCAAGGAGGAGAGUGGGGGAAACUUUCAUGAGCCAGAGGAAAAGAAACAAGCGCAGCACAUCUGUGACAAGGCCAAGGAAGAGACAGGCUCCGGAACAUUCCAGGACGCUACGUCUGUUUGCCACAUGGAAAAUCGUGACCCUUCCAGCUCUGACCUCUCUCCAGAGAGCGAAUAUCCAUCUGGCUCAGACGAGCUGAGGGCCCAGAGGGACACAGACAAACAGGAAGUCCCUGCUUCAGCCACACCGUUCAUCAGCGAAGAGAAAACAGUGUUUUAGUCAGGACGGUUUUUCCAGUCUGUUUGCAGACAGUUUUUUCCAGACUUUGUUUCCAGACAGUUUUUCAAGCCAUGAAAGAAAUAUUUGGACACAAUUACAAGUACAUGUCUCAGAUGGCAUGUAACAUGCAAAGUGUGUGAUGUGAUGUGGUCUUUUGUAGGCUAUAUGGAUUUUCGAAUCACCAUUGACUUUAAACAUAAUACUGCAUACCAGUAGAGCUAUUCUAUGUUAAAUGUGCAACUCAUUACAACAACCACUACAGCACAGUUUUUUAUUUGCUCUCUACCUGAAGUUAAUUUGGAUAAGUAUCUAUGACCAGUAGAAGCACCUGAGAGAGUAGAACCCUUAUAAAGUACUUAUAAUUUAAUCAUUUCAUCAUUAUUUAAAUUCUGUAAGAUUAUGAACUGUAGACUGAAGGUAUUUGCACAAAUCUAAAGUAAUAAGUGAUAUAGCAGAAUGUUGGGAAAUUUGUGGGGCAAAAAAUGGUACAAUAUUUACAUAUCAACAACAGCCACAUCAUUUGAAGUCGCACUGUACUCCACAUCUGCAGGAUAAGCUGCGGGUUUGCUUCCAACAGCUUCUCCAGGCCUUAUAAAUGAUAGUGAGAGCAACAAACACGUCCUCUUGCUACCCAGUUAAGGAGAUGUAUGUGUUCUAGAUGUAGAGCCUUCCCUUGAGACAGACUGUUGUAUAAAUACCCCAACUCAAAAUGUUUCCACUGAGGAGUGAGAGAUACUGCCCAGGUCAGUCCGGAGCCGUGCUGAAGUCGCACCUUUUCACACUGUGUAGUCCCCCUAAAUUCAGCUCUAAAGUUCUCAUAGCUUCCUCAUUUUAAAACAUGUGUUAAUUAUAAUGUUUUAAUCUAUGCUUUGCCCACAGAGUUAACAUAAAAUAAGUAACCUUGAAAACUGCAAUCCUCUAAAAAAGGUUCACUGCAGUUUUAUUUGUAAGAUUUAAAAAUAAUUAUUUUUAAUCUAUAUAAGUUUAAAAGAUGGUUAAUGCACAUUAGAUCAGCUGCUUUCUCUGAAAGGUAACCUGAUAAGAUAACCUGCCUUUCAGACCGAUAACCUGCCUUUCUAAUAUGCUCAAGCUUGAUUCCUUUCACUGCAAUCACCAGCAUGAUUGGGUACUGAGUUGUGUCAUCUAUUGGCAAAUACUAUUAUAAGGACAGUUCAAACUAAAUGAUUAAAUAGCAAGCAGAAACCAUAAACAUGUGCAGCACCUGCAGCAUAUAUUGCUUGCAUGAGAUCAGAUUAGAUUUUUUAUUUCUGAUCAAAUUGGCGUUUAGAUGAGCCAUCAGACUAUGAUUACAGAGCGACUAAAGAAAGAUGUUUCAAAAAUGCAUCAACUAACAGAUCAUAUAAGCAGUUACAUAUAAAAAACAUUAAACCAGAUUUGAUUACUUUUGUAACUAUGUUAGAUUUGAUUUACUACAACUGCUAGCAGUAAUGUUAUCCCAUACUUUAAAGUGCCUGAAAGAAACAUAUUAGGAAAGUGUCUUCCUGCCUCAACUUCAUUUGUUCUCCAAUUUAAGCACAUGCACACUCUCUUUGAAAACUAAUUCCAAAAUGAUUAAAUGUUUUUGGAAAUAUUCAAGAAAAAAAAAACCUCACCCCUGAGCUGUAAAUAAAUAUACACAUUUAUUUCAACACCUCUAUGUAUAUUAUGACCCAAAAUUAGUUUUUACAUCACUAAAUACAAAUUAUGUAUUAUUACAUUUAAAGCAUUCAGAAGACACUAUAAUCUUGAGUGAAUUUUGCAUUGAUCAGUAUAGCAGUAUGUGUGCAUACUGGGAAACCCAUAAUGAUUGUGUUGUUACUACCAUAAUGUACAAGAUGAGCUACAGUGUGCUAAUAUGACAAUGUCUGAUGUCUGAGAGACAUUAGUAUAACUCAACAAUGCCUGUAUGGAUAAACUGAAACAGUAAUGUGGUCAGUGCUUUCCUACUUGUGUUAAAAAAAAUAUUACAGUAGAAGGGCUGUGGAAGGCCACACUACAAAGGGAAGAGAGUGACUGGGGCCUGAAGGCGCCGCCUAUGGCUGGCUUCCAUUAAUGAUCACCCUUCUCUUGCUUCAGACAGCAGUCAGCCACAGCUGCCCUACCUAACAGCCACAGCCUUACCUAACAGCAUUACCUAACAGCCUUACCUAACAGCCUUACCUAACAGCCACAGCCUUACCUAACAGCCUUACCUAACAGCCUUACCUAACAGCCUUAGCCUUCACUGCAAAGAGCAGCAGAGACCUGCUUAACAAUACAGUGGACAUUUAUUCCAUGAAUGAAAACAUUUUAUAUGUACAUUUUUAUAUAUUAUGACAAAUAUUGUAUUAUCCUAUAACUGCAUUAAAUGAUGUCAUCACA